AUGUCUUCACGAGCCUUAAACGAUUCAGUCAUUGACGACGAUGAUGAGCUUUGCCCGCUCUGUAUUGAAGAAUUUGAUCUUUCAGAUAAAAACUUCAAGCCAUGCCCGUGUGGUUACCAGAUAUGCCAGUUUUGCUAUAACAAUAUCAAAACCCAUAGCGAAGAAGGCCGUUGCCCGAAUUGCAGACGCGUGUAUGACGAGAGCAGUAUUCAAUAUCGUGUUCCGGAUGUUGAUGAGUUCAAAGCAGACUUGGCUCUAAAACAUCGAAAAGCUGCUGCGGCAAAACGAAAAGAAGCUGAAAAACGAGAAAUCGAAGCCUCAAGCAGGAAAAACUUGGCUGGUGUCCGGGUCGUUCAGAAGAAUCUCGUCUAUGUCAUCGGGCUCAAUCCAACAAUCCGGGAUGAAAAUCUACUAUUACAAACCCUUCGAGGUGACCAAUAUUUUGGUCAGUAUGGUGAUAUUGACAAAAUAGUUGUCAGCAAGGCAAAACCAGGUGGCAACCCAAACCAAGGUAUUGGUGUCUAUGUGACAUUUGCGAGGAAGAUAGAUGCAGCUACAUGUAUUGCGGCAGUUGAUGGUUCACCUAACGGUGAUAGGGUCUUACGGGCACAGUAUGGCACUACCAAAUACUGCUCCUCCUUUCUCCGCAAUGAACAGUGCAACAACCGGAAUUGCACUUUCCUUCACGAAACCGGGAACGAUAGCGACAGUUUUAGUCGACAAGACCUUUCGUCGAUGAAUUCAAUUUCUUCACAAAGAUACCCAUCGAGCGGGUCGUCUUCCGCAAACCCACAAGCUCAAAGUCAGCCCGCCCAGCGUCCAUCUCCUGCAAUUAGCCAUGCUCGGGCUGUUAAUACUCAAAGUACGCCGUGGCCAGCUGUCAAGGACGAUGGCGGGGUGCGUGCAUCAAGCACAGAUUCGUCCGCCCUUCCAUCAUCUGCAAGCUGGGCGAAUAGAGAUUCCUUGAUUCAAAGAACGAGGAGGGAGAGUAUAGCAGCGAGUCGGUCAUCUCCAAGCCCUAAGCCUACGAAUGAACAACUGCCUUCUCGACCCGUAAAUGGCUAUGGCAAAGAACCUCAACGACCAACAGAACAAGCUAGUUCUUCAUCUGAUUCAGCUGGCCCUAGUGAACAGCCAACUGCAGCACGACGACCUGAAUCUCCGUCCCCUACCAUGAUGUUCGAUAAAUUAGUGAAAGCUGUUAAUUCACCGGAGUUCCGGUUUCACUUCUCAACUGCAGCUGUGCCUGACAAUGAGUUAGCAUUUAUCGAGAACCAUCCGUCCUUAAUAGAUCCGUACGGGGGCGUCAAACGCCGGGCCAUGCGUGAGAAAGCCGAGCAAGAGCGAGCAAAGCAUGCCCUUGACGGGAAACUUUUACAAGCCCCAGCUGAAGAAGAGAACCUUGAAAGCGGGAGCUCACAGCUAGGCGGUGAACCAGAGGAUGCUCAUGGCAGUGUUGGUGUUCCUGGGAGACACCCAAGAGAACCACAAUCCGCUAUUCAGCCUCCUUCUCAGCAAGCGACAGCCAAUAACUCGGUUGUCGGGUCUCCUGUUCCAAACAACCAUCAGUUCCAGAACAUCAACGUGAAUGCCCGAAAUCUCUCCCAACUUCAACAACAGCAGCUAAUGCUACUCAAAUCUGCUGGGGCCCAGCAGCACAAUAUUAUGGAUAUCCAAGGCAAUACAACGACUGGCACCUUUGAUCAAAACGCCCGAACGUUCCAAAACCAGAUGGCUGGCUUGAACAAUAUGCCUAGUCAUACAAGACAGUCUUCGCGGUUUUCGUUUGCAUACGACGUUAAUACCAAAAACUCCGGUAGCAGACUUGUCGGCUCUCAAGGCCCCAUGUUGCAAUCCUCGAGCCCCAAUCCUCUUUCGAUCCCAACUACGCAACAUAAUCUCGGUAAUCAAUACUUUGUCAGCGGUAUCCAAGGUCCACCACCAGGAUUGAAGAGUGCUGGUACCCCUCCAGUCAGCGGUGGUGGCAUGUUUGCUCAAGGUCAUGGUUUCACUAGCACGAUGAACAAUAACCUUGGGCUAGGUACAAAGCAAGAUGGAAAUGCUGAUCUGAUGCGUGACAUUAUGCGUGCCAGAGGCACCGCAAGCGGGAAUGUCCAGUCCCAUGAUGCAACAAAGCGUGAGUUCUUGUUUCCUUUACUCCAACAAAAUAGCACACCCCCUCCUCUGGCUCCCGUUUCAGGCCUUUUGAACCCGCUCUAUGGCCAGCAACUUGGGCUAUAUCAGGACCAAGUGCCACAGAAGCAGAAAAAGAGGGGAAAGAAGCAUAGACAUGCUAACACUUCCUCCGGUGGAGGCGGUGUAGUAGAUCUUGCAGACCCGAGUAUUUUGCAGGCGAGAAUGCACCAAGGCGGCGCUAAUGCCGCCGUUGGGCAAGGACUGUACGGGAGUCAGGGUCAAGAAGACGAAGACUUCCCACCGUUGGCUCCAGCAUCCAAGCCAGAUUACGAUAAGCAGCCUACUGACACAAUUCGUCUGCCAAUUCGGACGUCUCUUCCAGGCGAAUCAUCGCUAACAUCAAGUCGGUCUGGUACUCCUGCUGUACCGCCUGGGCUCAGUUUACCCCAUGCACACCCGUCUACAUCCCUCGUUCAUGAAUCCAGAACGUCAAGCCCUUCGCUGCCAAAGACUCCGUUGACCAUAAACCCACCUCCAGGAUUAGUACAUCCUCAAGCACUUGCGGAGUCCAAUACGGCUGCGGAAUCAGCACGAGGAUCUCCUGCUACUCCCCUGAAGCAGACAACUAGUAGGGCUGCCGAGAUAUCCCUUGGGUCUCCUAAAGCAAAGGCAGGCAGUGUUGCCAGAAGCAUUCUAUCAAAUGACGCACCAUCGUCGAAAACACACCAGUCGUCUAGCCAUGGGAGAGCAAAGCCUCUGAAACUUGACCUUUCGACGUUCGAGAAAAUUCGUGAGCCUGUCGCCAAUUCGACCCCAGUGCAGAGUGCUGCGGCACUGGCAACCUCCUCAGCUGGUCCAGAUUCUAGACCAAAUACUCCAGGGACUAGCUCUCGCACCUCGAACUCUCCAGCCCCCCGCCAACCAAGGGUCUUGCGUGUUGUUGAUACACCAAAGUCAGAACAAGGACCUCCCACAGCAUUGUCAAGUACAUCUGUAUGGGCCACGAAGCAGAGACCGGGCAUACAUAGUCUCUCCUCCGUCAGUAGACCAACGACACCAGCUGGCUCUGAGUAUGAUGCCCAAACAUCUGCCUCAGUCUCUCGAGCGAAUUCCCCACCGCCGUCUAGGAUUGGAUCUGCGCCUGUUCGAACAGUGACGAAGAGUCAAGUGAAAAAAGAUAGGAAAUUAAAGGCCAAAAACGCGGAGGCCAAGAAAGAUGAAAUCCUUUUAGCCAAUGCAGCAUCUAACAGUGAGACUCAAGCCCCGAUUAUCGGCCGUAAACGCAAGACGAAGAAGGCACCAAAACAAUUCAAUGGAGAUGCCGAUGCCAAUGCGUCUGAGGGAGAACAGAAGGAAUCGUCAAGUAAUGACGCGGUAAAACCUCAACCGGAACCCGAAGCCCCAUCCAAGUCAAGUGUUAGUCAGGAGGAGUCAAAGAAAGUAGAAUCAAAAGUAACGGUACCCAACGAGCCAUGGCGAGAGAAUAACACUCUCCAGCAAAUGACAAUGGACGCCGAGUCGAAAGGUGUGCCAGUCAAAGAUCUCUUCCUUGAACGCACGGCGCCUCUUCCCACUCUUCUCGGACAGCUUCAACAUCGCGAAGGUUUCGAUUUGAAUACCCAUCCGCUUUUCAACCCACCAAAUCUGGGCCAGCGUACAGAUAUGAAAUGCAAUGCCGAUGACUACGAUAUGCUGCACAAUCCUCUGGAGUUAACGGAGGAACACCGUAAACAACUCCUUCGCGGUGAACCUGUCCGUAUCAAUAACGGUGAUCCUGAAAAGCUCAAGCAUCGUGCCCUUAUUACUCCUACAGGCUGUAUCCUCCGUCAUCUUUCCGCUAAAGAGGAGGAUCGGUAUCUGGAAUUGGAGAAGAGCCUCUCAUCUUUCCUAGAUGUCAUUCAGGAUUCUUACCCUUCCCUACUCAUCUCCGAACCAGACGUCACCAACCGCGGAGGUGGACUAGAUGCCCUCUUUGCUACCCCGGAGAAGUUCAACAUUUGCUGGGUUGACGAGGAUUCAACUCGAAAUGGACUUGUAUCCAGCAUCACCUCUGAAGGCUCGUCUGCCAUCUUAUCGCACCCACCGCAUGCAAAUAGCGGCGUAAACGCAUCCACGUCCGAGCCUGAGAUGGUACGCUCGCAUAAUUGGGCAAUUAGCAGUGGUGGCGAAACUGUCCCUAUUCGCUCAUCUGCAUCCAAAUUGAUGGCAGGACGUUGUCCUAGCUUCGGGCCCGGCCUUGAAGAGCUAAUGAAUAUGCCUGAUGUCGAACUUCGAGCUAUGAUCAACACUUCGCAGGCUGAUCUGGAUGUAUCGAGACGAGAAGUUGAUGCUAUUGACAAGAAGGUUAUGGCCCUAAUCAAGAGGAACAAAAAGCUUGUGCAGCAGGCUUUAGCAGCUGCAGUCGAGUCAAUGGCCUCAUCGCAAUAG